AUGCCAGAAAAUCUUAAAGAAUAUAUCAAAAUGAAUGAAUAUUUCAAUCCAUCCAAGUCAUCAUUGCACGCUUUGAGACUUAAGAAGCUUGCUCCAACUAUUUUAAUUUUCGGGAUAUUUACUAUUUUAUUUAUGCUAUAUGAUAUUCAUUCAGUUCCCUAUAAAUUUGCACAACAUUCUGUUGGAAUAUCUCAAGAAUCGUACAGAAAUGGUGUUAAUAAAUGUAAUAUGAUAAAACGCGCCAAGCCCGAUAAUAAAUUUAUACGGACAAGUAACCCUAGAUUCGUUCCAGGAACAAAAACUAUCAUUUUGAAAAACGGAAAGAUCUUAAAUGGAAAAGGAGAAUGUAUUUUAGGCGAUAUCAUUUUAAAAAAUGGGAUAAUUCAUGAUAUUGGACCGAAUCUCACUGAUGAGGAUGCUAUUGUAAUUGAUGUUAAGGAAAAAUUUAUUACGCCGGGACUUAUUGAUAUGCAUAGUCAUGUCGGUAUCGAAUCUUGGCCAUUUUUGCCCAUUACUUACGACUCGAACGAACGCACCGAUCCGACUACAUCUUACGUUCGCGCUCAAGACGCCAUCAAUCCAAGUGAUCCAGGAAUUAGAAUUGUCGCAUCCGGUGGUGUUACAACUUCAUUGGUUAUACCUGGUAGCGCUAAUUUGAUAGGUGGUGAAGGCUUUGUUAUGAAAAUGCGUUCAGUCGAUACUCUGUCG